AGCCUCAGGAGAGAGUAUCCAAACCCCUCUUUCCAGGGUCUUGUCCCCUUCUCUCUCUCUCUCUCUUUUGAGGAGGAGGAGAGGAAGAAGAAGAAGAAGAGGAAGAGGUUGUGUUGUGCCAACCACAACACACCCUGUUUAUUGUGUAUUUGUAAUUUAUUGUUAUUAUUAUUACUACUACUGUUAUUCAUCAUUGGUCCAAGUUCCAACCACCUAUCAUUUGAUCCUUAUCUUUCCAUUUUUUUCCACCUAUUUUUCCCUUAAUUUCUUGCCCCUUUUUGAUUCCUCUCGAAUCCUUUGUUACUACUCUGUAAAAAUCCCAUCUUGGUUUGGUUCCAAAUCCUAUAAAGGUGGUAUUUUUGGGAGAUUUGAAGGUUGUGCCAUGGAUGAGAGAAUCCCACCUUCUCAAACUUACUUUCACUACUCAUCCCCCCACCAUUCGAUGCGAUCCCCUGCUUCCUCGGAUUUGGAGAGAUAUCUCGCUGAGCUGUUUGCCGAGAGGCAGAAAUUGGCACCAUUUGUGCAAAUUUUGCCAUUUUGUCACAGGCUUCUAAAUCAAGAGAUUUUAAGGGCGACUUCUUUGAAUCCUAAUCAAAAUUUUGUCGAUCCCGAGAGAAUCGAGCAUGGCAGCCCGUUAAGAUUACCCGGCCACGCUGCGAAUGGCGGACCGAUGGAUGUGGAGGGAUGGUCGGGGAUGCAAACAGAGGGAAAUGGAUAUUUUCAAGGUAUCGGGAGCCUUCAACCAUCGCCGAUGGGUUGGAAUGGCGCUCCUGGAGCGCCUAGCAGCCCUGUCGUCAAGAAGGUCGUGAGGUUAGAUGUUCCUGCCGACAAGUUUCCGAAUUACAACUUUGUCGGGCGUUUGUUGGGGCCGCGAGGAAAUUCCUUGAAACGAGUCGAAGCUACGACUCAGUGCAGAGUUUACAUACGCGGGCGGGGUUCGGUGAAAGACUCUUUAAAGGAAGAGAAGCUAAGAGAUAAACCUGGUUAUGAACACCUGAAUGAUCCAUUACAUGUGCUUGUCGAGGCCGAGUUCCCUGCAGAUAUAAUCGAUGCGAGAUUGAACCAAGCUGUGGCGAUAUUAGAGGAUCUUCUAAAACCUGUGGACGAAUCCGUAGACUACUACAAGAAACAGCAGUUGAGAGAACUCGCCAUUCUGAACGGGACUCUAAGAGAGGAAAGCCCGCGUUUGAACGUGAGUUUGUCGCCCUUCAACUCCACAGGGAUGAAACGAGCGAAAACAGGUCAAUAAUACAAGCUCUCAAUGGUAGAAAAGGUAUUCAUUAGUAAGAAUCACUCGCAAGCUCCUUAUCGGAGAUGAAUCGUAAUCCUCGACGGAGGAGAAUCAUCAAGUUGGUUGUUACUAUUUGGCUUGAAAACUUUGACUUUAUUUUACCUAUUCAUUCUAUAUCUUUGCCUUAAGGUAUUAACAUCAUUAUUUGUGUGGAUAAGUUAAUGAGGACAAGCACUGCAGAGGUUGAAAUGUAACAAUGUUUAACUGUGAUCUGUGUAACAAAGGCGGUUAUAGUGUAAUAAACAGAUUGAUGCUGUUGUGAUUCAGUUAUAAUAAAGUUUGGGUUAUUAUUUGCCUGUAAA